UCCUGAGCCGCUGUCGCGAGGUGGGGGCGCUGCCCCGGAAGUCCUCCCCCCGCCCCCCGCCCGCGGCAAACAUGGCGGUGGACUCGGCGAUGGAGCUGCUAUUUUUAGAUACUUUUAAACACCCUAGCGCUGAGCAAAGUUCUCAUAUAGAUGUGGUUCGUUUUCCAUGUGUGGUUUAUAUCAAUGAAGUCCGAGUCAUACCGCCAGGAGUAAGAGCUCAUAGCAGCCUGCCUGACAAUAGAGCAUAUGGGGAGACAUCUCCACACACAUUUCAAUUAGACUUAUUCUUCAACAAUGUAAGCAAGCCAAGUGCCCCUGUUUUCGAUAGAUUGGGAAGCCUGGAGUAUGAUGAAAAUACUUCUAUCAUCUUUAGACCCAACUCAAAGGUGAAUACUGAUGGUCUGGUGCUAAGAGGCUGGUACAACUGUCUGACACUGGCAAUAUACGGAUCAGUGGAUAGAGUGAUAAGUCAUGACAGAGACUCUCCACCACCUCCACCUCCACCUCCACCACCUCCCCAGCCACAGCCAAGUUUGAAAAGGAAUCCAAAGCAUGCUGAUGGGGAGAAAGAAGAUCAGUUUAAUGGAAGCCCUCCAAGACCACAGCCAAGGGGACCAAGAACUCCUCCAGGACCCCCUCCACCUGAUGAUGAUGAAGAUGACCCUAUGCCUCUGCCAGUGUCUGGUGACAAGGAAGAGGAUGCCUCUCAUAGAGAAGAUUACUUUGAGCCCAUUUCUCCUGAUCGGAAUUCAGUUCCCCAGGAAGGUCAGUAUUCUGAUGAAGGAGAAGUAGAAGAGGAACAGCAGGAAGAAGGAGAAGAUGACGAAGAUGAUGUGGAUGUAGAGGAAGAAGAGGAUGAAGAUGAGGAUGAUCGACAUACAGUAGACAGCAUCCCAGAGGAGGAGGAUGAAGAUGAAGAAGAAGAAGGUGAAGAGGAUGAAGAAGGUGAAGGGGAUGAUGGUUAUGAACAAAUUUCCAGUGAUGAAGAUGGAAUUGCUGACUUGGAACGUGAAACAUUUAAGUAUCCACACUUUGAUGUUGAAUACACUGCUGAAGACUUGGCUUCGGUUCCUCCUAUGACAUAUGAUCCAUAUGACAGGGAGCUUGUACCACUUUUGUACUUCAGCUGUCCAUACAAGACUACUUUUGAAAUUGAAAUCAGUAGAAUGAAGGAUCAAGGUCCAGAUAAAGAAAACUCAGGAGCAAUAGAAGCCUCAGUGAAGUUAACAGAACUAAUAGAUUUGUAUCGGGAAGAUAGAGGUGCAAAAUGGGUAACAGCUUUAGAAGAAAUUCCAAGUUUAAUAAUAAAAGGAUUAAGCUAUUUGCAGUUGAAGAACACAAAACAAGAUUCCCUUGGCCAGUUGGUAGACUGGACCAUGCAAGCUUUAAAUUUACAAGUAGCCCUUCGCCAACCCAUUGCCUUAAAUGUCCGACAGCUAAAAGCUGGGACCAAAUUAGUAUCCUCACUAGCAGAAUGUGGGGCUCAAGGAGUCACGGGACUACUACAAGCAGGAGUGAUCAAUGGAUUAUUUGAGCUUCUGUUUGCUGAUCAUGUAUCAUCUUCUCUUAAGUUAAAUGCUUUUAAAGCUUUGGACAGUGUCAUUAGUAUGACAGAAGGAAUGGAAGCUUUUUUAAGAGGUAGGCAGAGUGAAAAAAGUGGCUAUCAAAAACUUUUGGAACUCAUACUUUUAGAUCAGACUGUGAGGGUUGUCACUGCUGGUUCAGCCAUUCUUCAGAAAUGCCAUUUCUAUGAAAUCUUGUCAGAAAUUAAACGACUUGGUGACCAUUUAGCAGAGAAGACUUCGUCUGUUCCUAACCAUAGUGAACCUGAUCAUGACACAGAUGCUGGACUUGAGAGAGCAAACUCAGAAUAUGAAAAUGAGGUAGAAGUUUCUAUGGAUAUGGAUCUUUUAGAAUCCUCAAAUAUAAGUGAAGGAGAAAUAGAAAAGCUUAUUAAUCUCCUAGAAGAAGUUUUUCACUUAAUGGAAACUGCACCUCAUACAAUGAUCCAACCUCCUGUUAAGUCUUUCCCAACGAUGGCACGAAUUACUGGACCUCCAGAGAGGGAUGAUCCAUACCCUGUUCUCUUUAGGUAUCUUCACAGUCAUCACUUCUUGGAGUUAGUAACCUUGCUUCUGUCAAUUCCAGUAACAAGUGCCCACCCUGGUGUGCUGCAAGCCACAAAAGAUGUUUUAAAGUUUCUCGCACAGUCACAAAAGGGUCUUCUUUUUUUUAUGUCGGAAUAUGAGGCAACGAACUUGUUGAUUCGAGCUUUGUGUCACCUUUAUGAUCAAGAUGAAGAGGAAGGUCUCCAAUCUGAUGGUGUUAUUGAUGACGCAUUUGCCUUGUGGCUACAGGACUCAACACAGACGUUGCAGUGUAUCACAGAACUAUUUAACCAUUUUCAGCGUUGUACUGCCAGUGAAGAAACUGACCAUUCAGAUCUCCUGGGAACCCUUCACAAUCUUUAUUUGAUUACUUUUAAUCCUGUGGGAAGAUCGGCGGUUGGCCAUGUUUUCAGUCUUGAGAAAAAUCUCCAAAGUCUUAUUACCUUAAUGGAGUACUAUUCAAAAGAAGCCUUAGGUGAUUCCAAAUCUAAGAAGUCAGUAGCUUAUAAUUAUGCAUGCAUACUUAUUUUGGUGGUGGUUCAGUCUUCCAGUGAUGUUCAAAUGCUAGAACAACAUGCAGCAUCUCUCUUGAAGCUUUGUAAAGCAGAUGAAAAUAAUGCUAAGUUGCAAG